GGGAUCUUUGGUGUGCCUUCUUACUACCGUGUCUACUAACUUGAAUGCGUGAUUAUUCCUUUCGCCUGAGCGGUUGGCCGUCCACCAACCUAAAGCUACGUUCACAAACAAUUUCUACGUUUUUUUACGUCGAACCGAAUCCAAGCGGUUGAUGAGAACCGAUCGAGUUCGAUCGUCCAAUCAGCUGUCGGCGAGACUGGACGAACGAGAUCGAAUGAAGCUGGAAGAAGCAUGCCCUCUAAGAAGCAGUAUAAUCUCGUGCAUAAUGACGAGUACGAUACACGAAUACCGCUACACAGCGAGGAGGCUUUUCACCGUGGAAUCAUCUUCCACGCCAAGUUCAUCGGUUCUAUGGAGGUACCACGACCAACUAGCAGAGUUGAAAUCGUAGCAGCGAUGCGAAGGAUUCGCUACGACUUUAAGGCGAAAGGGAUUAAGAAAAAGAAAGUGACGUUGGAGGUAUCGGUCGACGGGUUGAAGGUCAUGCUCCGGAAGAAGAAGAAAAAACAACAGUGGAUGGAAGAGAACAAAAUGUAUCUGAUGCAUCAUCCAAUUUACAGGAUAUUCUACGUCUCCCAUGACAGUCACGACUUGAAAAUAUUUAGUUACAUAGCUCGCGACGGUAGUAGUAACACAUUUAAAUGUAACGUCUUCAAAUCGAGUAAAAAGAGCCAAGCGAUGAGGGUUGUUAGAACCGUUGGCCAAGCAUUCGAGGUGUGCCAUAAAUUAAGUGUAAAUAAUGCUAACGACGAUGCUAGAGAUCGUGGGGAAAAGGAAAAGGAAAAGGAUCAUAGCAACGAGAACCAUCGUGACGUUUACGAGGAACAAGAUGAAAAUACUUUAGAACAAUCGCAACCAUCCCCGUUGACGUUGCACAAAGACAUAUCGUUGUUGGGAGAAGCAGAGGAUUUGAUACAAGAACAAUCUUCGGUGUCAUGUUUUUUAAGAUCUCACGAUGUUCCAGUAACAACAGCUUCUACCUCACCUAUUAGACAAUCGCCAUCGGGUACAGUAGCAUCCGAUUGUGGAGGUGGGGGUGGUGGUGGUUUAUUGAUAGGAGGCGAGUUAACUGCACUCAAACACGAGAUACAACUUUUACGAGAAAGAUUAGAGCAACAGAGUCAACAAACCAGAGCUGCAGUAGCUCAUGCAAAACUUCUACAGGAUCAGCUUGCAGCAGAGACCGCUGCACGCAUCGAGGCUCAGACGCGAACGCAUCAAUUGUUAGUGCAAAACAAAGAAUUGUUGGAACAUAUAGGAGCAUUGGUUGGUCAUCUCAGGGAACAAGAACGUAUAUCCAGUGGCCAUAUAAAUACGCAAUCACAAAUGUUGUCUGCAUCAUCUAAUACGACGACGACGACGACAACGACGACAACUGCGACAAAUCAUCAACAGUCAUCAACCAUUCCUGAUUUACCUAAUCUCGGCCAGUGUUGCCAACGAAGCGGAGAACAAAGUUUAUCUUGGGAAUCGGAUCCAUCGGCUUUUACAUAUUGCCCAUAUUCUAUGGAUUCUUUGUAUCAUCCUGGUAGUCUCGGUGUUAUGGGAAUUCAAGGAAACAACAGUUCUACGGAUCAAUUACAUUUCCAAGCGCAAUUAAUGGAAAGACUUCAUAAUAUAAGUCCGUACCAAAGUCAAAGAUCACCAUACGGUACGCCGUCACCAUACGCGAUGCAACCAGCAGGAUUUUUAUUGUCUCCUAAUUCCAGGCCAUCCAACUCGGCGCAACUUUCACCAAAUUCAAUAUCACUGAGAGUCUCUCAACCCAAUAGUUUCACUCCGUCACCUGUUAUGAAUCACAAAUUGGAUAAUUACAGGACAACAGCUACGAGCAUCGCGGAAAAUGCGGAUAUUCAACAAGCGUCGUUCAUUAAACCGUUACCUUGUAAGGCCAAUGAUCACAAUUCCUCAUCGUUAGAUAUUAAUAAGAUCAAACAAGAACGUUAUUAUAGUCAAGAUGAGAUACCACCGAUAGUUUUGGAUCCACCACCGCAAGGCAAACGUACGGACGGGGGUACCAUUGUCAAAGAACUGCCCAUCAAAGAAAAUUCUUUAAAUCCUAAUAACGAAAAAGGACAAGUUCAGAAAAAAUUAACCGCUAUGUUACGUUCCCCUGGUCCACCACCAACUCGGACAACCAGUGCUCGUCUACCACCGAGAAAUGAUUUAAUGAGUCAGGUCAAAAGGACAACUUGGGCACGUCAUACUACGAAAUAAUUGACAUACACAUAUAUUUCUUUUUUCUUUUUUUUUCUUAAGACUUUAAACGAAUAACGUCGUUAGUCUUGUAUUUCACUUGUGCCAAAGGAAUUAUGCACAGCAACGGUCGCGCCAAGUUUUUUUAAAUAUGUAAAUAAAUCCUUUGUAUUACCCUGUCGAGAAAAAGAGACGAACAUGCGGACGGAUAUAGAUUAUUAUUUGUAUAUACAUUGAGAACAAAAAAAAAAAUACACGUGUAUUUUUUUGGCACAUAGAUUUGCGAGGGAUAAUGAAUUUCUUCUUCUUCUUCUACUUCUACUUUUUUCUUUUUUUUUAAAUAAGAAAAAAGACGCGUACAAGAGAUGAUUAAUCUGGUUAAUAUUAUUCCUCGGGCAUGUCUAUAUCGUCGACAUAUGUAGGCAGUAAUCACUUAUUUCGUGCUACUGGAUGCGUGCUGAUGCCUUUUAACACCCAUGAGUUAAUAAAGUCGGCUUGUAUUCAUUAGUAGAAAUAUCAUUGCGAAUUCCGUUUCCAUCAAACAGUACCUUGGUGAAUCUUGGUAAAGACGGUACACACUUGAAAUCCGUUGAAUAAUCUCGUUAUGGUAAUAUCAUUUUUCAAAAAAAUAAUAAUAAUUAUAAAUCAUCGAUUAUCAUCGGACAAAUAUAUUACAAAUUCGAACGUAGAUUUUCUUUCUUUUUUUUUUUUAUUGUUAAUCGGUGUCGUAUCUUUCGUAAAAUUGACGUUAAUUAUAAUAUAACGCGCGAAAACGAAGAAGGAUAACAAUUUAACUGAGAGAUUAUUUUGUGUAAAUCAAUAAUAUGGAAAGAAAAAGAUUACCCGGUAUAUUGAGAAGAGUAAGUAGGAUAUAUUUUUAUAUUAACGCAUUGUUGACCGGUCGCAGAUCAGUAUUUAAAGGAAAAAGUUUGAAGUCUCAAUAAUUAACAUUCAUUUUUAUAAAUUACAUUUUGUUUAAUGUAUUUUAAAUUGUUACAUUUCAAUAAAUGCGAAUCAAUUUCCUUCAAGCUUUUUCCUGACAACUAAGAGACCACGUUUUACAAAUAAAAUACUCACCGAUAUAUAUUAAAUCAUUAUUAAAAUAAUUUCAUUAAUAUAUUGUUACAUUUUUUUCACGUACAAUUAGAAAAUAAUAACCGACUGACUGAUAAGGAAAUAAAAUUCUAAAUAAUAAUUGCUGGUCAACGAUGGAAAUAAGAUUGAACGUUAAGAUAAAUAUUACAAAUUUGUUAUUAUCUAUCCUUGACUGAACAUUCCCGAAGCUUUCGAUUUCCAUUGAACAUAAUUAAAUGAAAUUAGAAGGUGUGUGGGUGGGAUCGCGUGAGAGAAACGAAGGAUAAUCGAAUAUGGUAUUAGAUAAAUCCUUAGGGUAUAGGCUUAAUGUUUUUUAGAAUGCUCGAUCGUGUUAUCGUUAAUAUCAUUGAAAAAGAAACGAUGUAAAAUAAAAUGUGAAUGCUCAUGGGGAUUACUGGACAAAUUAUAUUACAUGCAUAAUUCUAGUAAUAAUUUUACUUGAAAAACAAACAUAUGUAUUACACGUAUCUUCCUUCGUUUCUUUCUCCCCCUACAAACUUCCCCACCUUCUCGAUUUCAAAAAAAAACACAAACCCCUUGUUGGAAACUUUGAGUAGAAAACAAUACUACUGUUAUCUGUUUUAUUCGACUUAGGUGAUUCUUUUUUUUUCGGGGGUUUGUUAAGAAAUCGCGUGUCGCACGUAUGUUUAAUAGAAAAUACGACGAUUAUUAUGGAACUGAAGGGUGGAGUCUACAAAAAAGGACGAACGGUUUUAUAAGGGUGUGGCAGCGUCGCGAUCGUUUAUACGUGCGUCUCGGUAUUUUUCUCACAUUUGUAACAUUAACGAUUAAUUAUCUUCAUUUUUGAAUGGAUCAUUUAACAAGUUGCACAUGUUUUUUCUCAGUCGAUAGUUUCACAAUUCUCUUGAUGUCAUUUUUAUGUAAUAUAUCGUUAACAUUAUUUAAU